GAGCACUAUUUAAUCGUGUUUUCGUAUAAGCACGAUAAAAUAAGCACACUAUCAAUUUGACAUAUAUACAUACGAAUUGCAAUAGUUCUUUUCGUAUUCAAGCCAUCCGUACAUCCGUGUAAAGUUUAAGAGCUGAAUACGGCCGGCUGCUGUAGUCCACACCUGAUCACCAGUCUCUUUCAAGCUGGGACCUAAGAACUUUUAUAAGCAGUACUCAACACGUAUCUUUUAAGUUGUGUACGAAUUUUAAUUUGGAAAAAAUUUGCUGUUUAACUUUUCUCACAACUGAAUGCGCAUCCUUCCUUGAUGUUUCUGUUUUCUAUGGGAUUCCUCUCAAGUUUAUGCAGUUGUUUCGAGAAGCGGCAGAAACGCCGCGGCGGAGACGAAGCAGAUGACAAUGGAGAAGAGUCGUUUAAUUUGUUCUAUGAGCUCCGCGCUUUGCAAAUUGCUACUAACUUCUUCUCUGACCUUAAUCAGCUAGGUCACGGAGGAUUUGGACCCGUUUACAAGGAAAUUAAUACCGGGCAAAGUUGCUGUCAUGGAUCUAGGUUCGAGCUGUGUAAACGAAAUGCUGCCUAAGACGACCUACAAUAGAACCUUGUAGUCCGGCCUUUCCCGCUGAGUAUAAGGAAGCUUACUGCAGCUGACUGCUCAUAAAAAAAAAGUAAAUCCAAAUUAGGGACUGAUGCCAAAUGGUCAGGAAGUUGCUGUAAAGAAGUUAUCAGUAGAUUCAAGACAGGGAAUAAGAGAAUUCACUAAUGAAGUGAAACUAUUAUUGAAAAUUCAGCAUAAAAAUCUGGUUGUUUUGUUCGGAUGUUGCAUAGAAGGACCUUCAAAGAUGCUUGUGUAUGAGUAUCUGCCAAAUAAAAGCCUCGACUGCUUCCUCUUCGCUAAGGAGAAGUCUCCAUCUUUGGAUUGGACAAAGAGAUUCCAAAUAAUUACUGGUAUUGCAAGAGGUCUUCUCUAUUUGCAUGAAGAAGCCCCAGUAAGAAUCAUACAUAGAGACAUUAAGGCCGGUAAUAUAUUGCUGGACGAGCAGUUAAAUCCAAAGAUCUCAGACUUCGGUCUGGCUAGGCUGUUUCCAGAGGAUGGCACUCAUGUAAAUACAUUUAAAAUCUCUGGUACAUAUGGUUAUAUGGCUCCAGAGUAUGCAUUGCAUGGUUAUUUGUCCGUGAAGGCAGAUGUGUUUAGCUUCGGUGUUUUGCUAUUGGAGAUCGUGAGUGGAAGGAAGAACAGUGAUGGGCGGCUUGGUCCUCAAAAGGCAGACCUCUUAAGCUAUGCAUGGGGACUGUUUCAAGAAAGGAAGACUUUGGAGCUGGUUGAUUCAAGCCUAGAAGACUAUGAUGCUGAUGAAGCAGUAAUGUGUAUUCAGUUAGGACUACUAUGCUGUCAAUCUACUGUUUCAGAUAGACCGGACAUGAACUCUGUUAAUCUCAGGCUUUCAAGUGAUUCAUUUACGUUACCAAAACCUGGGAAACCUGCAAUUCAAGGACGUGUGAGCAGAUGGACAACUGACAGUUCUAGUGCCUUUACCAAAAAUACUACUACUAAUGCUAGUAGUACAUUAACUGGCGCGACAAAUGCUAUUAGUACUACUAGGGCUUCUGGAGGCAGUAGUUUUGUUGAGGAUUUUUCUAGAAAUUCAAUCUCAUGUUCCUCUAUGAAUGAAGGUAGAUGACCUCGUUUGUACAGUUAAUUUGUAACGAGUUUGUUGUUUACCAUUUUUUUAUUUUGUAUUUACCUGAUUGUUUUGAUCACCAUAUGUGCGCGUAGGUUUACUGUAUGUAAAAUUUGUUCCUAACAUUAAAGUGCAGUCUUUUAUUCUGUUGU